AUGAGUAGCAGAUCUGAUGAUUUCUAAAAAAGAGUGGAAAAGAUUAUUGAAAAUGUAAUUAAAAUUAAUCCAUUAUCUACUUAGUAUCUUUAGAAGCAUAAAUCAGUUAAUAUGAAAAAUUCCAUUAAUCAUGUUGAUACAUCCAUUUCUGAAUUUGAUUUGUUAGAAAAACAAAUGACCAGAAACACUAUGGUAGAUGAUUUAAUUCGAAAUAUUUAAGUAUUAGUAGAUGCAACUAAUUAUCAUGCUAAAAAUGAAGUAAUUUAAUUAAUUAAUUAUAUCUACAUCUAGAUUGAUUAAAAGUUCGUUCGAUUUGAAUAAGAAAUUUAAAAUCUAAGAUCAAUUAUAAUUAUGUAAUAAGAUUGCUCUCCUCCAUAAUUAACAAUAAAUCGUUCUGAAAAUAAUUCAUUUAUAGAAAUGAGUGAUUCGUUUCUGAAUGAUGAAAAUGCAUAUUCUUCUUUUAAGAAAAAAAUGAAAGAAAUCCAAGAAUAGUUUUAAAAAAAAACACAAUAAUUAGACUAUAUGCUUACUUUAGUUAUAGAUUAGCAGUAACACAGUGUUUAUAAAAGAUAGACUGCAAUUAAAAUAAUAAAUACUUUAGAGUCCUUCUAAAUCUGAAUCAAAUGAAAAUCAAAUAGAUCACCAUUAAUAAGUAGAUAGAAUUUUGAAUAUAAUUUAACCAAGUAUAUAAUCUAUAUACGACUAUAAUAGAAAUAUAGUUUUUGAGUUUUUAAUAUUAUGAUGAAAAACAUUAACAAUCCAAAAAAGAAAUGGAAGACAUUAGAAUGAAUGCCAAAGAAAAUAAAUCAUUUUUAAUGACAAUUAUUGAAGAAUAUAAAAGAGAUUGUGAAAAAAUAGAAAAGAAAUUGAAUGAACAUAUUAAUUAGGUGAAUGCAGAAAAGAAAAAAUCUUGGAUUCCUUUCAAAUGA